AGGUGGUAAAGCUCCUGUCCAGCCCUCAGAGGCUCGGAUGAGGAAGUAUCUCCACUGAUACGCUCGCGGAAUAGGACAGCCUUUAAAAGAGUAUGUAUCUUUUUAUUUAAACAUAGGACAUCAUGACUGAGAGUAAACACCUCGGAUUGUGCAAACUGAAUAAGAGUGAGAGUGAAUUAAACAGCGUUAGCCCGGUGAUGUUAGCUCUCACAUACAGGCUGUGGACCAAGCCCAUCGCGGCUGUCAGUGUGGUCUGUGCUAUGAAUGAUGGAGCAUGUGGGGUAAAGCAAUAAAAUGGCUUUAAAUGGAGAGAAUCGGGGUUAAAAGUGAUCUUUAAGAGGAUUCACAUCGUGUGAGAUUAGCAUUAUGAAUGCUAAAAAAAGCAGGUUGAGGAUGUCCAGGUUAGGCAUGUUUACAGACACCUGCUUUAUAACACAGGAAUAGGCCUGUUCACAUGAAUGACAAAACAUGCGCUGCUCGGUAUAUAUCAAAUCUCAAUAAUACUGCUUGUGUCAAUUACUUGACAAUCACAGCAUUGGAUUUAUGUGAAGUGCAUUAAGCAUUGUGUUAUAUCAGAGGAUCAAGCACAUGCUGGACUUAGUCAUCCUCUGCCAUGCUUUUAUCUGUAGAUCUGAACAUUAAGUACAGAAGUCUGUCUUCAUAUGUGUUUGUUUGCUCUUCUGUAGGUUUCCCCCGAGUCCCAGCAGCCAUGAAGCUUCGACUGCACUUUGUGGUGGAUCCCAUGGGCUGGCUGUGUAUCAGUGUGGUGUUUGGGAUCUGGCUCUACAACACCUUCUUCAUUCCUAAACUGGUUCUACUUCCACACUACAAUGAGGGACACAUCCCUUGGGCUAUAGUUGUGUGUAAGUGUACUUGUUCAGACUCUGGGAACAGAUUUGUCAUCACUCUAUAAUCUAACUCUAAUGUUUUAAAGCAUCUAUGGCGUCUGGUUUCUUUCAGGUUAUUACAUAGCAUCAGCGCUCUGUAUAGCCGCCCUAUUUAGAGCUUCCACAGCAGAUCCUGGCCGUCUUCCCGUGGACCCCAAAAUACCUCACUCAGGUAUGAAUCAAGACAAACAUACCUCACAUUUUAAUUCAACUAUUUGCCAUAUCUUAAGCAAACAUUAAUAACCUGUAUUGUCAGAUUGUACACAUUUGACUCUUACCCCAUUAAGGAACUUCUCAUUGCUUGGUUUCUUUUUCUGUCACAGAGCGGGAACACUGGGAGUUGUGCAAUAAGUGCAACUUAAUGCGACCGAAAAGGUCCCACCACUGCAGUCGGUGUGGUCAUUGUGUGCGCAGAAUGGACCAUCAUUGUCCUUGGUAGGGAUAAACACAUAUUCAUGCAAACUUCACUCAAAAAUUCAGACACAGCACUGAAAAAAAGGGCCUGACUGAUAUGGAUUUUUUGGGGCCGAUGCCGAUACCGAUUCUUAGGGGGGAAAAAAAAAUCAGAUUACUGAUUAAUCGGACGAUUUUUUAAUUUUUUAACAAAGUUAUGAAAAAUAUAUAUACUAUAGGUAUCUACAGUAUCUUAUAUACUGUAUACUGUAGGCUACUGCGCUUCAUGUCAACAGGAAGACAGACUGAUCAAACUCAGACCAGAAAAGCGUCUUCAACUACCCCAUCCCACCCCCGUCGAUCGGUGGCCUCUGCGUCUUAACUCACGUUACUCAUUUCCGGUCCGGUCUCAUCAGUUAGAGAAGUAGCUCGAUCACGUAAUGUGUACUGUUGUUUAUUCUACCAUUUUUGGCACGGCUAACGGCUGUAGCAAGGCUAAUAGCAGAUGGCUAACUCUAACUUUAGCUUGCAUAUUACAUGGAGCUUCACCAUUAACUUGGUGUGACCGAGACCAGCACAGCGGGGAACAUCGUAAGGGGGUUGAACUGAAACUUGUUGACUUAUUGUGUUUCACAAACUGGUUUAUAUACCGUUCUGGCGGACCACUCUCCUCCGACACUCUGCUGUGCUGUGUGGUAGUUAGCGGAUGAAGAUUGUCAUGAGGUCGUUUCGCCAUCUACAGGAUAAGUCGGAGAACUUUUCAAAUGGUGGAACAUUUUCGAAGUGAAUCCGUAUUCUCCACAUCUUGUUUCUGAAAAUAUCGGCAAAAAUCGGUGUGUUUUGGCCAACUACCGAUUAGUCUCAAACGGGCUACAAUUGGCCGGGCCCUACUGAAAAUAAUAAGGGAUAUGAAAAUGAAGAAAUGAAAAAUUCAGACCUACAAAACCAACAUUUGAUUGUACACGGCUAGUUCAAUGAAUGUGGUGCAGUAUCUAUAGCUUACUAUUUAUCAUCCCUGCAAACCAAGACGUUUUUUAAUUCAAGUAGCUCAACCAGGGCACAGACUUAUGUGAAGGUAGCAUCAAGUUUGUAUACACACACACACGGAUAACUAACAUUAAAAUUAUAUCUACGCUAGCUGCUAAUAUUUAAGUAUCUGUACCGCAUUGAAUUUAAUGAAAUUUAAAAACGCAGCCCAAUGCAACAAAGCUACAAAAGCCCUGCCCUUGACAAGGCAAACAGCCAGUUGCAGUUCAGGAUUUUAAGAUAGUGCCAUUUGGGUGGCCAAUCAAAGUGUAAGAGGGGCCGAGGCCACCCCUGCUCACUGCUUGGAUCUGCCCCUGUCACAACCUGAAGUAACAUUUACCAGAGCUACACAUUUUUGCUAUUAUUCAAGAAAAAUGAGAUUAAUAGAUUUGAUUUGUUCACUGUAUAUUAGUUUUAUAAAAGAGAAAUAUAAUAGAAUUAAUAGAUAUAUAUAACUAUAAAGAAGGCUUUUUCUUGUGCGUACCAUUUUGGGAACAACUCUGUUCACAAAAACUGACAAUGAAAAAACCCACAUUCACACUUGGUCCACACCGCUUCAGUUCAGAUCACAUUAGUUCAAAAGUUCAGUAUAAAAAUGAUCUAAGAUAUUACCUGAAACCCUUUUUACUUCUUCCAGGAUCAAUAACUGUGUGGGAGAAGACAACCACUGGCUCUUCCUGCAGCUCUGUUUCUACGCUCAGGUCCUCAGUUUGUUCACCCUGGUGCUGGACUUCUGCCAGUACUAUUACUUCCAGCCACUGACAGGACUAGAUCAGGUACGUUUUACAGGAAAUAUGAAUAAAUGAUAUCCUCAGCUGGUAGAAGAAAUGGUCAAGAUUAGAUUAUAUACUACAAUAGACAGAGGUGCUUGGACUCUCAAGGAUUGAUGGUGUUGGUUUCAUACAUUUAUUUAACAUUUUUGUAUCCCUUUGCCAGGAGAUGUUUACAACCCGCCAUGAACUGGCUCUGCUGCGUGUCUCAGCGCUCAUGGGUUUGGUCAUGUUUGGUGGCAUGACAAGCUUGUUUUACACUCAGCUGACGGGAAUCCUCUCUGUGAGUACUACACAAUCAAUCAAUCAAUCGUGAUGAUCAAUAACCUUAUUUCAAAUGACAUGCCUGCUGGGAUUUCUGUAUCAGUUUUAAUGUGAUUGUGACCUGAUGAUUUAACCAGUGAGUGUGACUCUGCAAAAUAAGUGUGAUGCGAACGAUUUACUGUAUCAUGUACUUCAUCGGUAGCAUUAAAUGUAAGGUCUGUCCUCCAAGUGCUGUCUCGCAGCUGCACACAAAGCUUCAGACAAAACAAUACCUCAUCGCACACAAAAAUAAAACAUCAAUGCCAGUAAUGGAGAGAUCAAUAGACGAGAAACAAGAGAGAAAGACUUGGGUCAGACUCUGUGUGUGUGUUUCUGAGCCUGAGCAGUUUUCAUGCCUUUAUCAAAGAUGUGAUGAAGCUGAAACGUUUGAAAGGUCUAUACUUAGCCUGCGUGUUGAGGUUGGAAACUGGAAGCUGUCAUUCUGGGAAGAAAUAUGUGUGCAGAUGGAGCUCUCUGCAAGAGAAAUGAGAACUAACACAACAGAAAAAAAGAGCAAUCCUUGUGCAUAUGAGCUGUUAAUAUGACAGAGGAAUCAUGUCAGCUUGUUGAGUGAAAAUGAUGAACCAAAUUUGCAUUAAUGUUUUUUUUUUAAAUCUCUUCUACAGGAUACUACCACCAUUGAGAAAAUGGCGCAGUUCUCCAAUGAAAUGUAAGUCUGUUCACCUCUGUCAGUUUUAAUGCCUCUUGUUGAUUGCAGCGGCUUUUAAAACAUGUUGACAUAAUGGGAAACGUGCUUAUUCAACUGGACUGCGAGUUAAUCUUAUUUUGACGUAAGGCCUGCUGAAUUUUUAAACAGAGACUAACCGCAGAAUCUCAAUCGCUAUUCAUGAUAAAUGAAAUUUUAAUAGUGGGUUUAAAUUUUUAUUAUCUUGCAAAACAGUUUUAAGUCCAUAUUAACAAUUCUGAUGACCUGUGUCUUAGGCUACAACAGUGUAUCUUUUUAAGACACUGUAGUAGAACAAUGCACACAUGCAUGUAGAGCGCUUUUUCGGGAUAAUUGGAAACAGUGUCCCUGUAUUGGGAGUAAAUAAUUAUUGAUUGUAAUAAUUGUUAAUAGUAUUUAUCCCCAUGCCACAGUGUAUUGAUGAACAGGGAGGUUUCCUUGUGUCUUUUUUUUUUAUUAUUUAUUUAUUUUAACUGGCUUUCAGUUCUCUUCUUCAUUUUAGUUUCAUGCACAGGUCUGUGGUAAUUCACACACUCCAAAUCGAUGCUCUGCUGUUGUUUCCUUCUAGUCUUGGUUUGAUUAGUUGUCCUUGUAUGCUUAACUUUUAGGAGGUAGCUUAAACUCACGCCUGGGUGAUAUUUUGGUUUGAUUAUGGACAUUAUGGUUGAAAGCUCCACUUUAAAGCUCCUUCAAUGAAUUUUAAGGUAGUGUGUUUGAAAUGUGGCGGUACAUGUUGAAACAUAUUUUCCAUGUAUGUAAAAAAUUGGCUUAGAGAUAAAAGGGGCCAUUUGGUCCACAUGAUCAACACCAACACAAAGUUCCUUACUGGAGCUUUAAAGGACCAGUUUGAUACUUUAAAGUUAAUAGUAUUCCUUCUUUAGCACUGAUUAAGAUUUUGAUGUAUAGCUGUAGCAAGCUAUUACUUUGCUUAGCUUAGAACUUGAAAGAAGUGUGUUCUCAGUAGAGAAGUCACACCUCAAAAUGGUCUCUCAAUGCGAGUGUAACAGGAUUGCCUUCGAUUCUUAUUUCCAGAUUUGGCUCAAAGAGAUCCUGGCAGUGGGCAUUAGCUGAAGUCUGCGGCACUCGUUGGAAAAUCCUGUGGCUCAUACCACUCCGAAGCAGGCAACCGCUCCAAGCUAGCCACCACUUCCGCACCCACGUGUAGGUCUUUACCACUAUAGUACCUCCUACCUGCACAGAUGGUAGGAGCUGCCAUGAUGAAACACUCGAUACACACUAAUGAAUCCAUCUGCUCGCCUUCACUGUCCUCUUUUUUUGCCCUGGGAGCUUGUUGGCAGCAGGUUUGAUUUGUCAGUGGAUACUCUUAAUUUUUUUUUUUUUUUUACGCCUUUCUCUACAAGACGCAGAAUGGCAGUAAACAGGGUAAAGAAACACUCAAGGAUGCGGUGGGAAAAUGUUGCUUUUGUACUCACUGUGACUGCCACUUUCAGCGUAUGGAAACCACUUUUAAUGGCUUGUUUGCCUCAGAGGAUGGACAUCUCCACCUAAAAGAAGCUGGCUAAAGGGAUCCCCUCUCAGGUUACUUCAAUAAAAAGCCUUUACUACUUACCUUUAAUCAACUACAGACAGAACUAUAGUAACUCCAGUGUGUCUUUAUGAAAGGCUUCUUUUUAAGUGUGUGCCUUGUUUCUUUUAACAGUCUUUUAUUUUCAUGCACAAGUGUCAAGUUCUUACUUUAUGAUUUGCAGAUGUCAGAUUAAAUAUUCCAUAUGAUACGUGAGGGGAUCCGGCAUCAAUUGCAAUCCUUUAAUUGGUAAUCUAUUGAUGAUUUAUGAAUGUUUCCCUGCACUAUAUGAUUGGUUUAUCUCUUUAGCGGUGUUUUAUGAAGCAUGGCCACAGAACAAAGUCCAUAACUUGACUUAUGUCUAUUGGGUUUACUUUUUUGCCAGAUUAAGCUAGCAGAAAGUUUGAAAAUCAGAAUAUGAGAAUGAAGGCAAAUUUGUAAUUUGAAAGUAAGACUGUAUAUAUAUGUCAUGGCAGAGUCUGCUGUAUAGACGCACUGUUUCUGUUUAGUUGAAUCCCUGUUGAAGGGGUCCUGAGGUCACACACACUGUCCUUAACAGAUAAGAUGAUGUUUCUGUAAAAGAGUAGUUUGAAGUUUUAGGGUAUACACUCCUGAUUUUAAGCUCUUAGUUCAAUGAGGUCAACAUGAAGCCAGCUAGCCAGCAGACAGUUUGCUUGAAAAUUCAGUUUUUAUACAAAUUAAAGUUAUUUCCUCUUAUAUUUGUAUAAAAACUGAAUUUUAACAAACAAAUUAAAAUUAAUGCUGCGUUCCAGUUACCUCAGAAGUCAGAUGUAGGAGCGUGGAAUGACGCAACACCCGAGUUGACAGCGUUCCAGUUAACAAGUCAGAAAACCAAGAUGGACACCUACAGUUACCCGUUGUUAGCUGUUGUUAACAAUUGUCAGCCGUUGUCAGCCGUUUUCAGUUGUUGUUAGCGAUAUCAGUUGUAAACAAUGCAUAACACAGUAUUUUACUCUACAAACACCAUAGCACGGCGUUCACAGUUAGACGGCUGGUAGCACAACAUAUACCACUUUUUUAAAUUUUACAAAAACAAAACAGAAGUACUAACAAAGUUGGCAAGGAUCGUCCGACUUUCCGAGCUCAGAAAAUUGUGACUUCUGAAUACAACUGGAACGCAGCAGAUUAUCUUUUAAUCUUAACCAACUAUCUGCUGAAUAGCCAGCUCUCAUAGCUGUAUUUAAACUUGAACCUAGCAGGUGGUCAACACAUCGUAGAAUCAAAGAUGUGAGGCACCAAUUUGGCUUAGUUGGUACAGCAGGCCUCUCCCUCUGAUUUCCACUCCUGACAUGCAUUAGUGUUUGUUUCCCCUACUGUCUCACUUGGACUUCAAAAGAUAAUCUUAAGAAAUAGUUUAAGAGACAAACAUCCUCUGGUUUUGAUAGACUUUUCCCUAGUUCUAGUGAUUAUGUCAAGCUUUGAACAAUACACCUCAGCUUCUUAGGGAGAUUAAAUGUAAUGUUUGACUUUCCAAGAUACGCUUGUUAAGAUAACAUACUGCUGUUACCGGUUAAUAUGAUUAGCUAUCUAAACUGUCCACUGCCUUUGGCUCUUAGGUACUACAAAGAUAUGGAAGUGUUAUUAAUCUUGUAAUCCUCGGCAAGAUGGUAAAUAAGUGAUGGUUUACUUCCAAAAAUAUCAAAUUUUCUCUUAGACUAGCCUGUUUGGUUAAAGUUGACUAAAUUUGACAGUUUAUCCUCAUAAUUUCAGUGCUGUAACUGUUUUAAUUAGAUCUAAAAUGUGUUUAAAAAAGUGGCUUUAUAAAUGUUUAUCUGUACCCAAAACGUAGAAUUAUCUGUGUCACAAUACGGAUCAGUUAUUCAUGGUGGUUUUGACUAUAACCUGUCAGUUCUUGAAUUUUUUUUAACUGUGACUAGAGGAGACGUUUCAACGCAUAUAACACUGGCAUAGAACGACGUUGGUCAUUGUCUAUAAUACUUGGCAAUCCCAUAGCUACACUUGUAUGUUAAGGAAGCUUGCUAUAUGUGGAAGUAUUACAAUAUCCAAGUAGUUUUAAGUGCCUUUUCUAGGUCUUUAUUUUACUGUUAUGGUAUAUUAUCAUUAUGUUGGUCUCCAUGAAGCCAAAGACCUGGGGGAAAUGUUGCAAUAGUCUGCAAGCGUUCAGAAAAAUGCAUGUGUCACAGAAUUUUUAAAGGUAGCGGUACAAUAUUAUGCACUGAUUUUCACAACACUGUCUGUCUGUCUUUCUGCAUCGGUGUACUAUUGAGAGAACUUGUUAACCCUCAUUGGUUUUAUGUGGCUCCUUUGUUUUAACCACAUCUUAAAUCAGAUUGUUUGUAUUUGCAUGAGUGUGUGUUGGUCACUUUGCUCUGUGGUUUUUUAUAUGUCAGAUUCAGGUUCAUGGAUUGUUUGAUUAAAUUAUAAUACUAAUUGGAUGGGCAAAUUUGUGUGAUUGAUAUUCAAGAUGGUGGUACUGAUUGAUUACUUUUUUUAUACGUUUUGAAAGCAAUAACCAGUGUGUGUUGGUAAAGCCAUCCUUAUUAUUUCAGCAGUAACUGUAAACUGAAAGUGAAAUAUAUGACUUUGAAGGGAAGUGUGAGUUACCACCUCUGCAGCUGCUGUGUAUAUUUUUUACAAUAUCGUGAUAGAAACUAUGUUUACUGGGAACAGAAUACUACUAAAGGCGGGACUCUGGGUUCAAUCAAGACCUGCAAAAGACUCAAGCUGUGAGCAUUUCUGAGACUUGUGAUCACUCACUUCGCCUCGAGGUAAUCAUCUGGUGUUCCCCAAGGCUCCAAGUUUGGACCUGUGCAGUUUUGUUCAUAUCGUUUGCUGGUUUUGUAAUAUGUUUUCAAGCUUUAUUUUGUUCGAUGAGCUAAAAACACUGGACCAGUGAAGUCUUGUGACUGAAAUGAAUAUACUAUGAUAUCUUAUUCAUUUCUUUAUGUUCAGGAAAGCCAAUCAACUGUUUUGGAAAACUGUAUUUAUGGUGAUUAUAGAAAAAUUAUAUAUCAUAUAGGUAUUCAUGCUCUAAUAAAUUAGAUUCUGGAUCUGUUUAACUUGUUUUUUUCCUUCUGUUGUAUCUCUGUGUUCACAACUACUAAUUUAUCUACCAAGGGAAUAAGGGGAAAGAGUCAACAUAGCACUUGAUGAAGACAGAAUAUGAUCAGAUUUUAAAGUUAAAAUGAUGGGUAAGUAAUUAAAACUGAGUGCAAAAGGAAAUGUAUAGUAAUAUCUUUAGUGUUAUUAUUGCACGUCACAUGACUGCAUGGUUAGUAAGUGUAACAAACCAGAAAUUCUGUUGGCUGAUCACACCGAGGUUGGGCAUUUUCACUAGCUAGCUUGGCUAAACUAAAAGCUACAGAUAGAAGAUGUUUUUCUGUUAGACACCAGCUCAUUAAAUUUCACAGAAGACCUACAGCUAACAAAGUUGGCUAUUGAAGCUGAGAACAUUUGACAGUUUAUGUCUACCUAACUUUGUUUCAACUCAUCACGACCAGUUAAGCUAAGCGGCUAAAUCCCAUGCCCCAUGUGUAAAGAUUUAAGUCCCCGAAGCUGUUGGCUUGAAGCCCUUUGCUGCUAUCACUUCCUACUUUCUCUACCUUGUUUCCUGCGCUUUCCACUCUUGUAGAUCUACAAAAACAUCAAAAAGCCUGAAAAAUAUAAACUGAAGGAAAAAGAAGAAUAGUAGCCAUUUGAUAUAGCAACAGUUCUCAGUACUGGAAAAUAAAACCCACGUAGAAGUGCAAAAAUCUGCAGUUUCCACUUCGAUUCAGGCUGCUGUACAAACCACAGAAUUCCUAUUCGAUCGUACGUUAAAAUCCGCUAUUUUACAUCAAAGUAAAACCACAGGGUGUAUCAUGCCUACUGGUGUCACCUACUGGUUCCUGAAGCCAAACACAACCAGUCACCAAAAUGGUGAUCGUCCUGGAUGGUUGUUAACUUCAGUGAGGCAUGUGUAAUGUGUGCAUGAUCCGUGAACGUUAACUAUGAACGUUGUCUAUUGUGAUUACAUGAAUGAAAAUGAAAGAUUAAAAUAUCUACCUCCUUGUUUAUUCACAUUUUUGUUGUUUGAUAGGAUAGUCAUAUAUCAAGAAAUUGAUCAUUUGAGUGAUCAGGCAUAGUAAACCAAAAUUGUUCAAAUAACUGAAUAGAAUUAAUAUCCAAAACUAUACUCCAAAUAUCAAUCAAUGUGCCUUAAUGAGCUUGUGGUGAAUUGAACCUGCCAUUUCAGCAUCAGCAGAGUAAAAUACAAGGAGUCCAGCCUAGAUAAUAGCAGUCUGCAGCAGCCGGGGUUAAAUGUGCUCUUAAUCUCCAGUAAUGGUUGGUCAACUGCACUAAUUACAUAAGUGGCCACCUGCUACUUUUACAGUCUAUGACAUCUGGCUGAACAAAAGAAAUAAUUAGCCGCAUGCUUGAUAAACAUAAACUAUGCUUGGAGCAGUUAUCUCUCAGAUAUGAGGCUGUUUACCUGUCUAGGAUUGGAGUUAGUGGCUUGGCGUGUUCUGCUGCCUUUUUGCCAAGCCUAGACAAGGAUUAAGUCUCAGUGGUGGAAGAUAGAAUUUAUUAUCCAAUUACUAAUUAUGAGUGGAAUGGCAAUUUUUUUAAUUUCCAUCCAUAUGGACCAUUUUAUAUAUGACCUGGUUAAUGGGGUUGUCCAUGAGAUCAAUUUUGUUACUACUUUUUGAUUCAGUAAUGAUCAUACAUGUUUGAAAAAAGAACAAUUCAAAGUUAUAUAUCUGUAAGAUCGUAAAUUACCUUCAUUCAAACACUUCCCAUCCAAAAUCACAUUUUCAUUCUAGUUCUCUGAUUCCACUCCAACAUAGCAAGUAUCACAGUGUUUAUUUUUUCAUUGUUAAUAAAGAUAUAAUUAGAUUUUUUAGACCUCAGCGAGUCAUCUGAGUGGGUAUCCAGUGGCAGGUGUCUGCUACGUUCCUCCAUUUUCAGCACCACAGCUGAACUUCCUGAACAUAGAGGUAUUGAUUGGCCUAUUGAUUUUCCAAAUACGCUCUCGUUGUAGAAAGUAGAAAUCCAAUUAAAAGUUGAACUUGAAACUGAAACAGUUAAUCCAAUCAAGACGAUGAAAUGUAUCGAUUUUACCCUCAAAAUCAAUAAGGUGCACGCGGCGCAGGCAGGCCCUCAAGGUUUCUCCUUCCACCACCAGGCCGUCACUGACUCCACUGCUGUAUGCUGCACUAUGCUGUUUGUAAAGGCAAGACUCUGACUUUGGAGUCCAUAAUGUGUUUUAAUGUACUUUUUAUUUUUUUCAAGCUUAUAUUAGAGAGACUUCCUUUUGCCAUAAGCCGCAUGGGCUUGAAUUUUUAGUGAAGAUAAAAUCACUUAACGUACAAAAGUUUAAUGUUUUUGUUAAUUAACAUGAGCUGCAAACAUACACAUGAUAUGUUUGUUUGGUAAUAAGUUAACCUAAGUAAUGCAUGGUAUAUUUAAUGUAGUAUCUAUCCAAAGAAGUUGAUAGGUAUAAUCUAUUUGUAAAUUAGGAGGGUAGCAUUUCCCCAUUCUUCUCAGGUCUGUGCAUGUUGCUUUCUUUAUACAGAGCCACAGGACAAAACAGCUGGGUGUGUCUAACCCGGGAUUUCCACCACAUCCGGAACGGCUGCGAUUUUUG